UGCUGUGGAGGGUUUAUGCUUAUACCUCUCGCGAUAUUUUGUGGAGCUUCCUGACAGCAGGAAACAUGGCAGACGAGCUCGGACGGAAAUGGGAUCGCUGUCUUGCUGACACUGCCGUGAAAACAGUAACUGGCCUUGGUGUGGGCAUUGUUUGCUCCCUUCUUUUCUUUAAACGUCGCAUGUGGCCCAUGUCAUUUGGUUCAGGUUUGGGACUGGGUAUGGGCUACGCCAACUGCCAGCAUGACUUAAGGUCACUGUACCUGAUUCAUGGCCGCAGGGUUAAGGACCAGUAAUGAAGGACUAAAGAUGAGGAGGAUUUUCUGAGGAGCUGCUCAUCUGUCUUUGUGCUGUCCUUGCUAUUCUGCUGCUCAUUUCUGUCCUGAUACCAAUUCCAAUCCACAUUAUGCUCAAAGGGUAGUCUAUUUAUAUUUAAUAAAGUCAUUGUGAA